UGAAAGAGGCUGAAACUGCCAUCUGUGGGCAGGAUCUCUCUUGGCUUCAGAGUCUGACUGCUCUGGGAGCUACCCACACAUUCUCCUGUUUAAUCAAUCCGUUCCUGUGGUGCCAUUCUCAACAUCAGCUAUUGCCAUCCCUUACUGAGAGGAGAGAAGAGGAGCUAGAAUUUGUCGAGGACUUCAAGACCUGAGUUGUCACCAGGGCUUUUUAUGUGACAAGCAGAGCAAAUACAGAAACAAUCUCCAGACAUGUUCUGCAGAUAUUUUUCCUUCUUUGGUCUGUGUCUUUUCCUUCCAACUCAAAGGAGUUCUCUGGGUCAUGGAUCCAGCUUGCAUGGCAGGGGCACCACGUCCCUUCCUGGAUUUGAGAACCUCACCAUGGGGUACAACAAAUACCUGCGGCCCUACUUUGGUGGAGAACCUGUGCAAAUUGCAAUGAGUCUGGACAUUGCAAGUAUUUCUAGUAUAUCUGAGAGUGACAUGGAUUUCACAGCCACCAUCUCCCUGCAGCAGCGCUGGACGGACCCGCGGCUGGUGUUCCACGGCAACAGGAGCUUCACGCUGGAUGCUCGCCUGGUGGAGCUGCUCUGGGUGCCAGACACCUACAUUGUGGAGUCAAAGAGGUCUUUCCUGCACGACGUCACUGUGGGCAACCGCCUCGUCAGGCUGUUCUCUAAUGGCACUGUCUUGUAUGCCUUAAGAAUCACUACUACUGUUGCCUGUAACAUGGACCUGUCAAAAUACCCUAUGGACACCCAAACAUGCCGACUGCAGCUAGAAAGCUGGGGCUACGAUGAGAACGAUGUCACCUUCACCUGGCUGAGGGGGAACAGCUCCGUGCACGGCCUGGAGAAGCUGCGGCUCUCCCAGUACACGGUGCAGCGCUACCACACCCUGGUCUCCAGGUCACAGCAGGAGACAGGCAGUUACCCACGACUGAUACUACAGUUUGAACUGAGAAGAAAUGUCCUUUACUUCAUAUUGGAGACCUAUGUGCCCUCCACUUUGCUUGUCAUGUUGUCCUGGGUUUCUUUUUGGAUCACACUGGACUCAGUGCCUGCAAGAACCUGCAUUGCCCCUCUCCAAAUGCUCAGAGCACAUUUGUUGCAGGUCUGCAGCAGGACCCAGGCCAGUUUUCCAACAUCCUGCUGCAUGUUGAACCCAGAAGGUUCUGAGAAUAGCGAGGGGCACACAUGGAUGUUGCUGGACGCUUUCAUGCCAGCCACACCCUGGUGGCAGAGAACUAAUGACGAGAUGAAAGCAGUGUCAGCACAUUGGACUGGCCCCAGAAAAGGCCCUGUCUGGAGAUCCCAGGGCUGCCCCAGUCAGCAUUUCUGGAGGAGCCAGCACAUGGCAUCAGUCAUGCCCAUUUGCCACUUACUUCAACAGAAUUAAAUACUGCUCUCAGGACUCCUGUGCCUAUGUAGGAACCAGGUCUGCAAGUCUGGCAGGAGCUGAAUUGAGAAACCUUCACUUACUUAAAAUUCAUGUUGACAGAAAUAAAAACAGAAUAAAGAGCCAAACCAUAUUUUGACUGGAGGAGCAGUACCUCAAAAAUCACCAGCAACAGAAUUUCAAAUUGCAUCAGCCACAUACCUUACUUAUUAUGAUACAAAGCAGAACAAUGUGAUACGAAUCAGAAGCUGAGCAUAAUACAGCCCUGGGCUGCUUGGCCGUGUCCCCUCCCUGCCCAUCACCCAGCCUGUGUUUCCACAGGAAGGUGGCAGAACUCCUUGCACUGAUCAUGGAAAUCCUGGGGAAAAGCCAGGGAAAUUGCUGCACAGCCAGCACAGCCCUUCCUGCUGAGACCAGGGCACGUGAAUGCUGCUCCACCUCCCUGUUCAGGACAUGACGCUCCAAGGUGUCAUUUCCCAGCUGAGGGCAGCCAGCUGCCAUCCCUGCAGGGGCUUGGAGCCUCCAGUGCCCUUGCCCUGCCUGGAAGCACAGGGCACAGUGCUGCUUGUCCUGCAGCUCCAGUGCUGACAUUCAUCCACGGCUGCUUGUGUUUGCUUCUGGAAUGUACUCAGGGUUUAUUCAAGGUUUGUGCUGAAAAGCAGCACUUUUCCCUACCAAAGCAAGCUGCAGGGAUUAGAGACAUCCUGAAAUAAUGCAUAUUUUAUUCCUGAAGCAGAUGGAACUACACCUUUAAUGUGCCUCUGAAAACCCAGCUGUGCAUCCUGCUCUCUCUGCCUGCCCCCUCUGCUCUGACUGCCACACACCCAUCCAGGGUGGGAAGCUCUCCUCAGCUUGUCACAGCUGCCUUGAUAAUGAAAGACAUUCAGGGAUUUGCCAGGCCACUUCUCCAUGUCAUACCACAGUGCUUUAACCUCAAUUUGUUCCAGGUGAUCUCAGGAAUCUGUGACCCAGUAACCCUCAGCUGCAGAUCAUCUGCCAGGUGGCAGCUGUUUAAACGAUGCUGCAGGCACUUCCAGUUCCUAAUUUAGAGGCUGAACCCACCAAGAAUUCCGAUUACAUGAGUCAAGUAAAUGCCAAAAAUGCUUUCUAGGAUAUCUAUGAUGGGUUUUCUCUGUGCCAGCUCCCAGGAGGUGCUUCCUUGCAAUACACUCACUGUUUUUCAGCACUAAGAUCCCAGGUUUCCUGAGAGAUGCCAGACAAACCUCACCCUGCCAGGGGUGUUUCUGGCCUGCAGCUCCGUCCUGCUUUAGCUCCACUUAGCACAUAUGGCUUCACCCCUAUAGACAUUCCUUUACUUCAUAUGAGCCUCAGCAAAUCCUUGUCCUACAGGUACUCCUCCCCUACAGCUGUAACAUAAGCUGUACAGACAGAUAACUAAAUAGACUGUGAUGGCUAGACCCUAUAAUGCAAAACUAAAUGUCCAAUUAGGACUUGAUAAAGAAAUGUGAAAUAAAGCACAUCAAACCAGACAAAAUAAUCAAUUUCCCAUUAAAUUGAGGUUACUUUUUUCUGACUCUCAAUGUUAAAAGCAUCAAUUACACACAUAAUUUACUUGUUUACAGUCUGAUUCAAAGUUCAAAGCAAAAACUUGUACAUCCAGAAUAUGAAUUAUCCCAGUGAUCAGAGGAAAAACCCAGUGCCCUGCAGGUGUCUCCAGGCUGGCUUUGAAAGUGUGAUCAGUGUAGGCUGGGGGAAAUUGCAUUUUGUGCUGUUCAGGAGAAGGAAGUGAUUUUGAAGCAGCUUGCUACUUAACUCAAAGGAAGAGGCAAUCUCAAAUGGUGCAGAAGGUAUGGGAGCUGAAUUUAGGAAAAGUUGUGGAAAAUGGGAUGAAAAGUAAAUAUAUGACCUCAAAAGAUUUGCCUUUGUGAAUGCAGCCAGAGGAUGCAACAAAAUGCAUCCUUCACUGAACUUAUGCAAGGACUUACACACUAUGAACAAAAAAAAGAGGAGGAAAAGCUGCUUGUGAAAGAUUUUAAGUAGGCCACAAGCAUGACUUCUCUUUUAUUUCAGCUUGUUAACAGUGCCCUAGUUUUAUGUGCUUAUCUUCAAACUGUGAUGCACAUAGGAUUAUUUGAAGACAUUUGCUUUGUAGUGGUGAUCUCUGACGACCCAUGGCAUUGAGCCAUGCUUGCAGGGCUGCAGGUCCAUGAUGCUUCACUUCCACCCCCACAACCAGGGAGAUGAAUUGCUGGUGAGCUGCAUGUGGUUUGAACAAUGGUAACAGCACUCUGUGGGCUACAAAACCUCAGCAGCAGGGCAAAGGAAGGGAGGUUUCUGCCAGGAGAUAGGGAGGACAUCUAAAUCCUGAGCUGGAGAAAGAACAGUACAACACCUGGUGAGAAACGACCCUGCAAAGCCAUCUCCCUGAACUGGUAGCCAUAUACACACAGGAAAAGCAUGGAAAGAAAUCCAAGCUGCCUCUUUCAUCUUCCUUCAUAAUCUGCAGUGUAAGCACAUCUUAAGAAACUAAGGCAAAGAAGUGCUUUGAAAAGAUGAGCACAGCAUCUAAUACUUCAGCAGAAUCUCCUUCUGAAGCUGCAGCAGUUUCCUCAGUUUGCCUUUGCUCUAAACCUUUGCACAUUGUUCUUAGAGCCAAACAUGGACCACGUUGUUUUGUGUUGCAAAGCACGGACACCCAUAAACACCAAGCAGAAAAUAUAUGGAGAGACAAACAAUGGGUCCUUUAAUGAUUACAGGCAUCUUUCGUCUUAAACCUUAAGACGAGCUU